UGAAAAAUUGCAAAGCAAAAGCAAAACAGCACAAGAACUUUCUGAAUUUUUAAAUAUUUAUCAGAAUGAAUAUUAAAAACGAUAUAAAUAGUACGGAAGCGUACCAACAGCUCUUCCCAAAAUUAUUAGAAAAUCCCCAAGUGACUUAUCAAAAUUAUGUGAAAAGAUUAGCGAAGUUUCAUUUUCAAGUCAAAGCUAUCAUACAGGAUAUUUUAGAAUGUAGAGGUCCCAUGGAUGCUUUGAAUGAAUUGAAUGAGAAGGGACGAGCUAUGAUAACAUUGUUAAGGGAAGAAAUGGAAAGUAUGGAGCUGUAUGGCAAAGACAGUGGAGACAAGACAUACGUUGUUGAGCUGGACACGCAAAGGCGUUUACUAGCUGGACUUCUGAAGGAAUUCAAAGAUGCGAACAUUUUUGCAUUGUUCGUGAUAGAGAAAUUGCAAAGAGAAGAAUUAUUGAGGCCGGUGGAGGGACAAGAGCCUGUGUUGACGCAAAGAAAGAAGAACGUUGACCGGGAUGGCUUAUUGAAAAUGUCUACAGGUGUGACAGACAAACUGUUAUCCAUCAGCAGACAAUUGGCAGACACAACACAGAGGAGCCAAGACACGCUGGAUAGCUUAGUGUCGUCCAGCUCCACAGUGCAUGGCACUAAAUCGGAACUACAAAACACUGCUAGCACAAUAUCGCAGUCCAGCAAGCUGCUCACGAAAUACGGCCGCCGCGAGUUCACGGACAAAGUCAUUAUGUUCUUUGCAUUCCUCUUCUUCUUAGCCGUCUGCCUCUACAUUGUGCAGAAGAGGCUGUUUUAGGAACCCCAUGUAUUUGUAAUGGUUAUCGAUUUUAUAAUUUAAUUUAAUUCUAUUAUAAGUAGCUAUUUAUUAUGAAAUAUAUACAUCGGAAUCUA